CACACGGGUGGAAGAUGGCCGUUUUGGCUAAACCCUAGGCAGGCCAUCGUUAUUCCAGUUGGGGGAUCAAAAUUUUUUGACUAUGCGCAAAAGGUGCAACAAUCAUUGAUAACAAGAACCGAUCUCCUUACCAUAAACCAAAGUGAAUUUUUUAAAAAAGGUGAAAGUCGAAAUAAUAAUAGCGCAAAUCACUAUUUUAUUGAUAUAGAUCUUUCGCCGAAUUCUUUGAACAAAAUGAUUAAAACUGCGCAAUUAGCACAAUAUAAUUUCAUUUUAGUCGUCGGAGAAAAGGAAAAAGAUACUCGAACUGUUAAUGUUCGCCAGCGCGACGGUGAAAUUUUAGGCAACAUGACAAUCGAUCAAUUACUUUCGCAUUUUGAAAAAUUAGACCGGCAAUAUUUGUGA